AUGGGUGCAAAUGUAGGCACGUUCAGGGCGUGGUAUUUAGUUGCCCUUUGCUGCAUCGGCAGCUUCUUGUUCGCUUAUGAUACGGGAGUGAUUGGUGGUGUCCUUACACUACCAUCAUUUCAGAACGAUUUCGGCAUUACAAAGGCGAACCAAGCUAGUGUUAGCUCCAAUGCGACGAGUCUUCUGCAGGCUGGAGCCUUUUUCUCAUGCUUCUUCGUCUGGCCCUUCACUGCUCGAUUCGGACGUCGUUGGUCUAUCACAUUAGCUUCGCUCAUCUUCAACGUCGGAGCCAUCAUCCAAGUCAUCAACACGCACUCUCUGGCGGCCUUCUAUGUCGCUCGCGUUAUCUCCGGGGUGGGGGUUGGAAUGGCCACGGUCAUCAUUCCAAUGUAUAGCGCAGAGAUGGCCCCAAAGCAGAUUAGAGGUCAGCUGGGAAGUAUGUUUCAGUUCUUCUUUACGCUUGGGGUUAUGACUUCUUACUGGGUCGACUACGGUGUAUCGCAACAUUUACGUUCAACGACGCAACAGUGGCAGAUUCCUAUUGGUCUCCAGCUUGUCCCUGGUGGCAUAUUGGGUUUGGGGAUGUUACUUACGAAAGAGAGCGCCCGGUGGCUUGCAAAGUCGGGCAGGAGGGAGGAGGCGAUGGAAUCGCUCAUCUGGGUUCGCGGCGAAGAUAAUGAUAAAGUAAAGGAAGAAUUUUCGGAAAUCAUUGCAGGCAUUGAAGAAGAAGAGCGCAUUACCGAGGGCCUUACACUAAAAGAAUGCCUCUUUCCAGCAAACCGUUUCCGCUUUAUCAUCGUCAUCACCUUGCAGAUAGGCGUACAAUUGACUGGCAACACUAGCUUGGCUUACUACGCCCCGCAGAUAUUCAAAGCGGUUGGAGCCGGUGACCAGAGCCUUCUGAUCAGCGGGUUCUUUGGCGUUGUCAAGGUUGUCUCUUGUCUAUUCUUCCUGCUGUUCCUCGUCGAGAAGAUCGGGCGUCGUGGCUCACUCAUUGGAGGGGCGUUUCUCAUGGGCGCAUACAUGCUCAUCAUAGCUUGCUUAACAGCUACUCACCCCCCAGUCGCCUCUCAGCCCUUGACUAGCACCGGCGCUGCGGCAGUAGCCAUGGUCUACCUCGAAGCGAUGAGCUAUAACAUAUCAUGGGGACCAGUACCUUGGAUUUACAUGAGUGAGAUAUUUCCCUCCAGGAUACGCGAGGCAGGCGUUGCAGUCGGGACGGCCACCCAAUGGCUAUUCAACUUUGUAUUCUCGCAAAUCACCCCCCAUGCGAUAAACAAUAUCGGCUGGAGAACUUUUCUGAUGUUCUGCAUAUUCAACUGGGCGUUAGUUGCAUACGCGUGGGUUGUGGUCAAGGAGACCAAGGGUAAAUCUUUGGAAGAGAUGGAAGCCGUUUUUGGCUUUAAUGAAAAGAUCGACGUAGAGAAAUUCCACGAAAAUAAACGAAGCGGUACGGUUUAA